CCUGGGCUGUUCACAAAAAGUGGAGAUACAUCCAGGGGGGAGACUAUAAAGAGAGCAGAGCUGAGAGGGUAAGACGAGGCGCAGAAGGAAAACUUUAGAUCAAGAACAAACGAGCCAUGUUGAGGAUGAAGUGUGUUUCUGUCGCUGUCCUGCUGAGUCUUCUCUCUCUGGGAGACUCUGCUCCUCUGAGCAGCUGUGAGAGUCUGCUGAAACCCAUAACUAUCAGCAAUGAAAAUAUUAUGGGAAAGUGGCUGUACGUCGGGGGGAGUUCGGACCUCCCUGGAAGUCGCUCUCUGGGUCGUCUGUUGUCCAGUGUCUGGCUGGACAUCACUGCAACCUCUCAGAGCAACAUCCUCAACAUCAUUCAGACUCAGAGAAUAUAUGGCAAAUGUUCCAGCUUUGUAUUCAAUGUGACCUUUGAAAACAGCACGAUGGUAAUUGAACAACCUUUCUACCUGAGGGAGGUCUACCUGCCGACUGACUGCUCCGACUGUCUGGUUGUAUAUGAAGAAGUUAUCUCUGGCAGAGACACUUUCACCAGUCUCAUGCUUUUUAGCAAGAGACAGAGUGUCUCAUCUGAUUUUGUGGAGAUGUUUAAGGCACAAGCAGAAUGUCUACGGAUGCCGUCGCCCAUAAUGAUAGACACAGAUUACGAAAUCUGCCCAGACAACAUUGCGCCCUCAGAGGGGAUCAGCGCCCUCAACUCCUUAUUAGAGGCAAAGAUGGGACAUCGGGUUGCAAAACUCCUGGAUGCUUUUUUUGAUGCGUUUGUGAACUGAUUUUUAAUUAGCUUUGUAUGAGAAAGUAUUUUCUUUCCUGAUAUACACAAGUAUUUCAGAAGAAUUUAAUAAAGUAAGAUGGAGGAACUGC